UUUUGUAGUACCUGGGCGAGUUCUGUGCUGACACUGUGGGAGCACCUCGCCAGCUCCUGUGUCCCCAGAGCCCCAGCAAGGCCUGGAGGAGCUACCUGCUCUUGGUGGAGCUGAAUGGAGCCAGAGAACUGGGGAGGAAAUUUUGACAGCUGGGAACUAAGGUAGUGUUUCACAGACUGGAUGAGUCCCUGUGCAUUAGCUGUGCCUUUCCUCUGAGGACAAGUCUAUGAAGUGAGGAGAUGCCUUGUUAUAGGCAUCUCCUUGUUUGAAGAAAGUCAACAGCAGCAGGCUGGAGCUGCCCUGGGGGAAGAGCCAGAGAUGUCUCAUGGCACUGACACAGUCUGGAAGGGAUGGAAAAAACCCUGCCUGGGUCUGUGUUAGUAGAGAGAACACAAAAAUGUGACAAAGCUGGUCAAACCUGCUCUCUGUGCUGGGACUUCAGGAGAUUUUUUUCACUUGGCAAAGAAGGGGCUAUAGUAGUGUUUGGCUGGUCUUUUGUAGUUGUGCUUCCAGGUGUUCUGUGUUCUGCUCUGUGGGUACCUGGACCCUGGCUCUGCAAGUUUCUUCCUUGUUCCCAAUGAGGGGCAGCACUGCGGCUCUAAGCCAUCAGCUUCCACUCCCCACACAGGCAGAGUUGGGAAUUAACCCAGGGGAAAGCUGGCACUCAGGUAUUGGGAUACUGACAUGGGAAUGAGCAAAUGGUCUGAGGCUUCUAUGGGGAAUAGGCCCCAUGGCUCGAGACAGCUCCGAGUGCUCCCUACUCCCUGCAUGGAGCUGAGCAAGACAGCCAGUGUUGUCAGCAUGUGUGGAACCUAUGGAUGUGUGUGGAUGUGUACAGAUGUGUGUGGAUGUGUAGAGAUGUCUAUGUGUGUAUGGAUGUGUACGGAUGUGUAUGGAUGUUUGUAGCAUAAGGAUAAUGUCACACAUUCUGCAGGUUCUGUUGUCACAGGCUAUACAGGCUGUUACAGGACAUUUGGGGAUCAAAGGUUUUGGAGUAUCAGGACAGGAGUCUCCAGUGAAAGUAGUUUGCUGCUGUAGAGCAGAUGCUUCUCAUGCUCUGGACAGUCUCUGCCUGGCAAACAGAAAACAAAAGGCUGUGGAUUUGCUCAGAACUCCUCAAAAUUUAAUCAAAUGCAACUAGAAAAAAUGUGGUGAUAAGUCCCAUUGAAUUAAUAUUUAUGAGACUUACAUUUUCCCUUGCAAACGUGACAUGGCAUCAGGUGUGUGUCUCAAGAUUGUGCUUUUCAGGACACAGGGAGAAGUGCGGUGUUCCCAAAGUGGCCCUCAAUUUUCCCAAAGCAUGUUCAGUGGAUAAGCCUUGCAGAGACCCUGUUGUCCCCAGCCAGGGUGGCAUCUGAGCCAUGGGGACAGCUGAGGACACUGCUGUCACUUGUCAUUCCACCGUGUGACACAGCCCAGCAGCUCUGGAUGCAAGCACAGAUCACCAGUGUUGCCAGGCUGGAACCAAACCUGCACAGCGAUUUUGGAGGGCUGCAGCUUCUCUCCUCAGCCAUUGUUAUGUGAGUGCUGACUGCCUGCAUGUGGCACAGAGGCAAACUAUAGAUAACUGCAUGAGCUAUUCCUUCCCUCUGAUAACAAGGCCAGAACUGCACAUCAGCUUUAUCCCUUCUCGUACCAAUCUCCCAGUUCACUGGCAGGAAGAGAUAUGGCCCUGGCAUACAAAAAUUCCCUGUGAUAAUCGUACCAAAACUCUGCCAGGGCGCUGCUGGUCCCCACGCUGGGGACAUACUGGUCAGUACUUUUCCAGAUGCCACAAAGCUUCCUCAGGGGUGUGUGAUGAUGUGGCUUGACCACAGAUGUAGCAAUAAAUAGCCUACAGGGCCUUUAAGGACACCAGACAUUCUCUCCCUGUCAGAUAAUUAUCAGUCUCAUACCCAAGGGCAUGUUCUCUAUCAGCUCACAAGUGUUUCCAUGGUAUUUGGUUAUUUUAUUUGUGUCAGGUCUGGUUGUGCUUUAUACUGUAACAAACAUAAACUAAAUAAUCAUGAGGGAAAAUGUCAGAUCUUUUCCUGCAUUUUUAUGGAUUCCUUUUUGGUUUGGUGUGUGCAUUCACAGGCAGACAGGUCAAGAUCAAGAUCAAGAUCAAGGAUUACCCUGAGAAGGAGAGGCCUGAAACCUGCUCUAUCCUAGAGCAUAUCCAAGGAGCAUCAGUCUGGCUCCAGCCCAGAGCCUGUUGGGGGCUGACUCCAUCUCCUUACACACAGGGGCAGGGAUCCCUGCAGGUAGCACCUGCUGAACUGUCGGGAAAAGACUUUUUCUGUCCUUUGGGAUGCAAACCUGAAGGUAAGUCUGCGGUGGCUUGGUUUUAUCCCUUUAAAAUAUUUUCACAGUUUUUGGGAAACUUUUGUCAUAAAAUUCUCCACUUUUCAUUAUUUUCGCAGUGUUCAAAACAAUCUACUCCUAAGGUAAACGUUUCAGUGAAUGCUUCAGUAAAAUGGAAGGUGUGUUUUGUGAUACCAUUCACAGCUUUGAGAACCUCUGAGUUCAUACCCUCAAAAGCGAGUGCAGCAAUGUUUUUGUUUAGGCUAUUUACACCCCAUCAGAGCUCAGAGCUGAGUUAAUGUUUCACCUCAGGCUGCAGUAAAUUAGAGAAAACAGUAUUUCCUCAUUCCCAGACUUACCCUUUUACUUCCUUUGCGUUGCUCCAUUUGCUGAUACAGGCAAAAACAUUGCUUAAUCCCUUUUAACAACUGUUGAGACUAUUUUUAAACACAAAAUAUGUUUCUGUACUGCAUUGUCUUUUGCUGACACAUUUUUAAGACUACCAAGCCUCAACCAAUGCUAAGUAAUGAGAGCUGUCUUCUAUCUGGCAAACCUACCAGAACUGUUUAAUGAGUUUAGAAAGAUAAACCCAUGUGAACCUCAGUGAUUUUUCCACCUCAUUUUGUUUCACCCAAAAGCAGGAAAGGCUUGCUCCUUGGACAUUAAUUUUGGAAAUUCUGAAGUGCUCUUUGGGUAAGCUUUUCGAAGAGGUCCUUACCAGUGGAGAUGGCACACACAUCUGGCAGCUGACAAACCUGUGCCUCUGCUCUGCCAAGGAGCAGCUCCCACGCCUGCCAUGCUGGAGCUCCUGGGGAAGUGCCAUGGGACCCGUGCUCACCUGUAACAGCAGAGGACAAGAGCUUCAGACAAGCAGAGCAAAUACAGAAACAAUCUCCAGAUAUGUUCUGCAGAUAUUUUUUCUUCUUCUGUCUGUGUCUUUUCCUUCCAACCCAAAGGAGCUCUCUGGGUCAUGGAUCCAGCUUGCAUGGCAGGGGCACAACAUCCCUCCCUGGAUUUGAGAACCUCACCAUGGGGUACAACAAAUACCUCCGGCCCUACUUUGGUGGAGAGCCUGUACAAAUUGCAAUGAGUCUGGACAUUGCAAGUAUUUCUAGUAUAUCUGAGAGUGACAUGGAUUACACAGCCACCAUCUCCCUGCGACAGCGAUGGACAGACCCUCGGCUGGUCUUCCACGGCAACAAGAGCUUCACGCUGGAUGCUCGCCUGGUGGAGUUGCUCUGGGUGCCAGACACCUACAUUGUGGAGUCAAAAAGGUCCUUCCUGCAUGACGUCACUGUGGGCAACCGCCUCGUCAGGCUGUUUUCUAAUGGCACUGUCUUGUAUGCCUUAAGAAUCACUGCUACUGUUGCCUGUAACAUGGACCUGUCAAAAUACCCUAUGGACACACAAAUAUGCCAACUGCAGCUAGAAAGCUGGGGCUAUGAUGAGAAUGAUGUCACCUUCAUCUGGCUGAGGGGAAACAACUCCGUGCACGGCAUGGAAAAGCUGCGUCUCUCCCAGUACACGGUGGAGCGCUACCACACCCUGGUCUCCAAGUCACAGCAGGAGACAGGCAGUUACCCACGACUGAUAUUACAGUUUGAACUGAGAAGAAAUGUCCUUUACUUCAUAUUGGAGACCUAUGUGCCUUCCACUCUGCUUGUCAUGUUGUCCUGGGUUUCUUUUUGGAUCACCCUGGACUCAGUGCCUGCAAGAACCUGCAUUGGAGUUACAACAGUGCUUUCUAUGACAACUCUGAUGAUCGGCUCACGAAGUUCACUUUCAAAAACCAACUGUUUCAUUAAGGCCAUUGAUGUUUAUCUUGGCAUUUGCUUCAGCUUCAUCUUUGGUGCCCUUGUGGAAUAUGCAGUGGCUCACUACAGCUCCUCACAGAAGUGUGCAGCUAAAGUACCAGAAGAGGGGCCUGCAAAUGGACGGACUGAAGAAAUGGAAGAAGUUGACAUCACCAACAUCCUCAAAAAUUCUAUCACCAGCUGUAAUCAAAAAAUCAGCUUCACAAGCAUUGAGAUUUCCAGUGAUAAUGUUAACUGCAGUGACUUGACCAUGAAAAGUCAUGAGAAAAUCAAAUUUGGCUUGAGGAACAAAAUGCACAGGAUCAUUGGUUAUUUCACAAUUCAGAACCCUGCCAAUGUGGACCACUACUCCAAAUUGCUUUUCCCUUUGUUUUUUAUGGUGGUCAAUGUGUUUUACUGGGCUUAUUAUCUAUAUUUUUAGUAGAAAUUAGUUGCUUCAUUCUCCUACUUCAGCAGGAGAGGAAUUGUGCCAGUGGCAUCCAGGCACCUAACCUCAGUGAAUUCAAUGAGGACAAAAAGCUUCCUUGUGUUUCCUGAGGUACCCAGCAGAAGUGUGUGAGGUGUGCAUGCAUCAGCAGCACUGACUCUGACAGCAGCUGUUCAGCUGAGAAGCUGUGCUGGGCUCUUCUGCUCAUAGCUGUAUUUAAUUCUACACGUCACCUGGCCGGAGAUGGGUGUGCAGGACUGCACUGACAGCUACAGAGCACUACAAGAGGCAGAAUUAUUUUGGUAGCUUGGAGCAGGUUGGAACCUUCAAGUUGAGAUGGAUGAAUAAGAUCAUGACUGUUACUCUUUGUUUGUCAGAGAGAACAGAGGGACUGUGAUUGCUGCCUCAGUAGCUGCUCUGUUGCAGUGAGAGCCCUGAGGCAGCAGCAGGAGCUCAGUGCAGUGCAGCACAGUGGGAUGCUCCUGUGCAUGGUGCUGCUUUGUCCUGGAUGGUGCAGUGCCAGGAUGGUGAUUCAGUACUGCACAGUGGUGCCUCACUGCUUUUAAUCUGUAACUCACUGAGAUAACCCUCACUUGCUGAAGUUCUCCAUCCCCGAGACAGAUGGAGGGUUGUUGUUUGUCAAUGAGCUGCAUUUUUUCAGAGAUUUGGGAACAUGAAAUAGAGGCAGCAAAAUCAUUUUGUAACCCAUCUCUUAUACUCUUCCUGCUGUACUGCACGUGAACAGAUUCUACCACUUCCCAUGUCUUCCUUAAAAAUCAUUUUUUGUCCUGGAGAAUGUUUCCUUCAGCCUUCACUGCUACAAGCAGCUCUCACUCCUUGCCAGCCAUAGGCACAAGUGGCCAUUUGUCAUCCCCUCCUUUACGUGGCUGUGCAUCUGCGGCAAGUCAACAGUGCUGCUGGGUGUCAAAUGUGCAUGGGUUGGGGUAAGCUAGUCUAAAUCACCUUUUCACUCUCACACUUUCACUUUUAGGCUGAAACACUGUACUUUUUUGAGAAAAAUCAUAUUCUAAGUGGGCUCUGGAAACUACCCGAAGUCAGCUUUGUUUAUCCUGCAAUCAGCAGAAGCCAAAGUUUUGUUUUAAAGAUAAAUGAAAUGUGGUCACACAGUUACAUUAAAGAACCAAAUGCUAUUUGGUACUGUGUAGCUUAAGAAUACUGGAAGUCUUUAUUUGCUGAUUGUAAAAUGAACAUUUUAUGGCAUAUUCCCCCCCACUCAGCACCGUUUUUUCGUCUGUGCUGCUUUCAUCACUGAGAGGGGGCAAUCCUGCAGUUACAUGGCCAGAAUCAGAAUUGCCUGCAAUGGCUCCAUUCAGCAGUGUUCUGGCUGGGUGAGGCCUCUCAGUUUGUAGCUUAUGUUACAGUCUCAGCAUGCAGUGUUUGUUUAGCUUAAGGAUCUCUUCUUGGGGGUUCCUAGAGAAGGUGAACAGAGCAUGUGAAACUAUAGAUUUUUUACUUUAUUAACUUUUUAUUGAACCACUUCACCACACUGUACUUUGAGGGAUCUAACCCACAUAUUCAUAAAUCAUCACUUUUAUGAAAAACAGCACAAGAAGACAGAGGGGAACAGGCUGACAAUGGCAAGUGGAAAAACACAAACUCCAAUAAUGAAGUGUUGGCUUGUAUAUACUGGCAUUUGAAGUCCAUUCCAUAAAAUGUAAUAAAGUGAAUGUUUGUGAUAUGAACACAACCCCUCAGAGAGAUUCUGUACUAAAAAAAAAAUCAUUAUCU